AUGUCAAAGAACCUGGAGGAGCGGUGUGAGGCGUGCGCAGGUUCCUCCGACCGCAUUUUGUCCCCGCGCGCUCUUCUGGGGCGCGCGUUCUCCGGCGUCCUGGCUCCCCCGGCCGUGGCCGUCCGGGCGGUGGCCUGGCUACUCCUCUGGGAGGCGGCUGGACUCACCUGCUCGCCAGCCGUAGCCUUCAACACCACCCCCACCGACGCUGGCAUAAGGGCCACUUGUUCUGAAAUUAUUUUGAGGCAAGAAGUUUUGAAAGAUGGUUUCCACAGAGACCUGUUAAUAAAAGUGAAAUUUGGAGAGAGCAUUGAGGACUUACAGACCUGCCGACUCUUAAUUAAACAGUACAUCCCAACAGGACUUUUUGUGGAUCCGUAUGAGUUGUCUUCAUUACGAGAGAGAAACAUAACAGAGGCAGUGAUGGUUUCAGAAAAUUUUAACAUAGAGGCUCCCAACUAUUUGUCCAAGGAGUCUGAAGUUCUCAUUUAUGCCAGACAGGAUUCACAGUGCAUUGAUUGUUUUCAAGCUUUUUUGCCUGUGCAUUAUCGCUAUCAUCGGCCACAUAGUAAAGAUGGAGAAACCUUUAUUGUGCUCAAUAACCCAGAUUUAUUGAUGUAUUGUGACCAAGAGUUUCCAAUUUUGAAAUGCUGGGCUCAGUCAGAAGUGACAGCUCCUUGUGCUUUGAACAGUAAGGAUAACUGCCAAUGGAACAAUAUGAAAUAUAAAUCAGUAUAUAAGAAUGCGAAUCUACAGGUUCCAGUGGGGCUGACCAUACAUACCUCUUUAGUGUGUUCUGUGACUCUGUUUAUUACCGUCUUGUGUUCUACUUUAAUCCUUGUGGCUGUUCUCAAAUAUGGCCAUUUUUCCCUGUGAGUUUUAUGUAGUUAAAUGCUUUCCAUAAACCUAAAUAAGACCUAUUCAUUUGUGACUAGAAGUGUUCUAGAAUUAUGUCAUUACUUUUGUCUUUCGUUUUCAUUUAUGGCUAAUAUUAUGUUUACUAGAGGAAAUUCUGGAUGAUUCUCAGCUAAUUUCAAAAUUCAGUGCUCUGUUGUGUAGACCUCUCAUAAUCCUCAAGCAUCAAGUGUCAAUAGAGGAAACUUAAUUCUGUUAAAUUAAUAUUUAUCUUGUGAGAAGUGACUUUAUCUUCAUUUGUGUUAUAAAUGAGUACUUUAUGUAUUAGAGACAAAUUAUCGCUAAAAAUUGAGAAAAUUGUUAUAAGAUUAAUUUGGAUGAAUCAGAGUUUAUUUAAAUGUUAAUUUUAUGAGAAUAUUAAUUUAUCCAGUGUUUCAAAGAAAAUCAUUAAAGUAGGACAGCUAAGAAAUUAUUAAUAUCGAAAUUGAUUUUUCCUCAAAGCAUUUCCAUUCUCCUUUUCUAUUUUAUAAUACUGCUUUUGAAUAUAUGAAUUGGCAAAGGUCUUGAUGAAAUUAAGAUUAAAGAGUAUAUUUUAUUAAGUUGUACAGUUACAAAACUUUGUUGAAUCUUCGGGCAAUUUUUUAAAAAAACAAAAGGUCUUGAUUUACUGUUUUUCUUUGUAAAAAUUAGAAAAUAAAGUAAAUGCCGUAAGCUAAUUAAAAAAUAAAAGGGCAAGCAUGUUCCAAAACAGAAGCCAAAAAACUGGGGUAUGUUGGCAUUGUUUGUUUUCUGUGGCAUAAUGGGAUAUGAUGUACUUUAUAUAUGCUAUCACUGGUUAAUUUCCUAAAACACUCUGGUGUUUUUAUGGAAUAAAUCUUUCAUAAUUUGGCA